UAUUAUAUUAAGUAGUUGGCUGACUACUAACAAUUAAAAUAAUGUUAAUUAAUUGUUUAUUUGUUUAAAGCAUAAAUACCUUUAAUAUAAAUCCAAAAAAUAAAAUAUAUUAAAACUAAUAUAUAAUAACGAAAAUGACGGAUAGCAAAGAUGAAUUCGAAAUUGAAUCGACAAAUUUUGAAACCGACGAUGCUGCAGAUACCUUAGAUUUAAUUAGAGAUGCUGAUCGAAAGGCCGUAAAUGUUGCAAAAAUAAUAAUACAAUUGAAGAAAGAAUUAGCUAACUUACAAAAUGACUGUGCAGCCACAAAACCAAAUGACUUGGAAGUAUGUAGGUUACAAGAAAAAUUAACAGAAAUGGUGGUACAAUACAAAAAAACUAUCGUUGAUGUUCUAAAAUUGGCUAAAGCUAAUAAUUUUAAUAUUGAAGACCUCGAAUGUCGAAAAAUUGACAUUAAUCAAAAUACUAAAUUGAACGAUUGUGUAACAACAGUAAUCAAAUCUUCUGAAAGAGAACAAAUGGUUCCGUGGAUAUUGAUUAACAAUGAACAAAACUACCCAACGUUUUUUCAUUAUGAUCUAAAUAAUAAUGGAACUAAAUGCAGAGAAACUGAUAAUGAGUCAUUUUGUUCGUGUACCGACGAAUCCGAAAAUUGUUGUUCGACUGAUAAUAAAGAUAACUGUACUACUAUCAAUGAUAAUUGCUGUAAACUUUCAAAUAGUUCAGAUACUGAUUGUAAAAAAGAAGGAGUUAGAGAUGAACUGAUGACAAUUAAGGGAGAAAUGAAUAUAUUACAUCAACAGAAUCGUGAUUUUUUGUGCAAACUUAACAGUGCUAAUCAACAAACACAUAUUCUAACAAAUGCUCUUAAAAAUAAGCUAGAAAAUGAGAGUGGUACAUGCCAACCUGAACAGAAUGGAUCGAAAUCAAAAGCGCAAGUUUUAAUGCUUGAAAUUAAUCGAUUAAAUGACGAAUUAAAGGGAUUAAAGCGCGAUCGGUGUCAAAUCGAAUUAGCUAAAAAAGUAUUAAACAUAUCUGAUGCCUUGUGUGCUAAUUGUGCAGGACCGAUAAAUCAAUGUGAUGGCCAAGAACCUCAGUGUAAAGAUCUAACCACAGAGUAUAAUACAUUAUUGGCGGAUCAUAACAAUAAAUUAUUAGAAAUUACAAAUUUACGAAAAAAGCUUAGUGAAGCUCAGUACUAUAAGAAUUAUGAAGACCGUUUAAAAAUAUUAAAAACGCAGGUCUGCCAGUUACAAAAACAAUUGUUUGAUUUCACUUCAGCAAAAUCCCACGAUCCUGAAUUGGCCUGUUCAAAUGAAAAAUACUUGAUUGAAAGCUUGAGAAAUCGUUUGCAAGAUGCAACCGAAGAAAAAACUAACAUGCAGAUGGCACUCGAUUUUCAUCUGACCGAACUCGAGGAUAAAAAAUCAAAGUUUUUGGCAGUUCUACAAACAAAUCAAGAACAAAAAUUUCGUAUUGAGAGUAUUUGUAAGGAAAAAAAUAAAAUUGCCGAAGAAUAUGAAGCGGAGUUUAAUCGAAUGAAUGAUCAUUUAAAAUCAUGCCUUGAUGAGCUCGGGACAUUACCUGGAUUAUUAGCAACUGCACAGCGGGAUUUAGAAAAGGAGACAUCAAAGAGAUUAGAAUUGGAAGAGGAACGUAACAAUCUUUUAAAAAAAAUAGAAUCAUUGAAUGCAAUUUUGGCGAAUGAUGAUAGGGAAGAAAAAGACAGAAAGAUCAAAUAUCUAGAAGAAGAAAACACACAAUUAAAGGCUAAGAUAAUGACACAGGAUGCUAUUUUGGCAGAAAAUAAACGACUAUACAUGGAACGAACCCACUAUUCAUUACAAUUGAAGGAAAAUUUAGAUCUUGUAAGAAAAGAAGCAGCUCUACAAGUGACAAAAACAAAAAAUUUUGCUGAAUGUCAAAUGCUUAAAUAUGUUGAAUAUGUAAAACAGUUAGAACAAAAAUUAGUUGAACAUAGAGCAAUAGCAUGUUUAGAAUUCCAAAAACGCGACCAAAUUGAUGAACGUUUAAGAAGUCAAAUCGAAUUAUUGACGACAAAUUUAAAUGAAGCACAAAAACAAAUAGAGCAUAUAAUCAAUGCGAAACAUUCAAUGGAAGAUAAGACGGGAGGAGAAAUAUGUAAGAUUCCGAGGACACUAAAUUCAGCAUGUCAUGGUUUAAAUAAGCCAUAAGAAAAUUGAAAUUUUCACUAAUAUCAAGAAAUGCUUUUAAUAAAUUUAAAGUGUAUAUUUCUAUAAUAUUUUUAUAAUAAAUACAUAUUAUUUAUUUUUAAUUUUAAAAUAACUUAAAA